CAAGUAACCCUAUAACUUUUUGUCAAUCAAAGAUUCGAUCUUCUCCUACGCCCAAUAUAAUGCAAAUACAAUACACUAGUAUCACGACACAUUAUAGCAAGUACCAAAUUAUCAUCAACUGCACCUAUUGAUGGACAAUUCAUCGCUAAGUCAAUGGUUUUCAAGAACGGAAGAAGGUGUGUUCAACUCGAAUAAAAACACUUCCAUCGAUGAUUUCACCACUCAAAAAUCCACAAUCUCUGAAGAUCAAGAGACUAGUGAACUGUCUAUUACUCCAGAUAGUACUCGUGCUAAUUCACGUUCUUAUUUUCAUCAAGAAAUUAGCAAAAGUAAAUCGAAAAUCACCCCUAUGGAAAAUUUCCCAAUUGGUUCAAAGAGACCUGCAAUUGAUGAUGAUCAUCAGCCCAAAUUGAAUAAGAUCUCUUCAUCUUCACAUCGUUUUCUUUCUUUUAAUAAUAAUAUGGAUUCAGUAUUUCCUAGUCAUCAAGGAUGUAAAAUAGAAGCUGUGGAUGAGAUGUAUUUGUGUGAUUCAUCAGAUCAGAUGUUUUUUCCAUAUGUGAAAUCGAACGGUUGUUACGAUGUGAAGGAUAAAGAAGGGGGGAAAAGAAUUCCUUCAGUAGAAUUACAACAUCAUAUUAUUGCUGAGAGGAAGCGCAGAGAGAAACUUAGCCAGAGGUUUGUCGCACUUUCAGCAAUUCUUCCAAGCCUAAAAAAGGUGGACAAAGCUUCAAUUCUUGAGCAAGCAAUCAAACAUGUGAAAGAGCUUAAAGAAAAAGUGCAACUAUUGGAAGAAGAGAAAAAGAGUGGACCGUCCCAGCAGAAUUCAGUUAUGUUUGUGAAUAAAUCUAAGCUGGAAAUAGAAGAGUACUCUUCAUCUGAAGAAAACAAUAAUAAUAUUGGCAGCGAUUUACGGGUAGAUAUUGAAGUAAGAUAUUCAGAUAAUAAUGUAUUGAUCAGAAUUACGUGUGCGCGGAGCAACGCCUUUGUGCUGAAUAUCCAUAACGAAAUAGAGAAGCUUCAUCUUACCAUUCUUCAAAGCUGUAUGAUGCCAUUUGGGAAACAAGCAAUUGAUAUCACACUAGUAGCUCAGAUGGAUGAAAGUUUCUGCAUGACACUAAAGGAUGUUGCGAAGCAUGUUCGAAUGGUCACUGGGAGGUUGAUGACCCAAGCUUAGCACUUUCUAAGGAAGUUGUAAAAUUUGUAGCCUUUCUCAACAAUCAGAUAAGCUUGGAGAACCAACAGAGUUUUGGUUUGUUUUUAAGAUGAUGUUUAUCUCCUAGGCAAUUUCUACAAAGACUGCACUUAUUAAAGUAAAAAAAUAUAUCCUACAUUAUGUAAAGGUAGUUAUGUGAGUGUGUUUAUUUUAGUUUCCA